CUACAGCUCUGGUCCUCACCGUAAAGAAACAGCGCCUGUAGAUUUCUGAAAUCACGUGCUCUAAUAAUUAGGUAUGGCGCUUACAUCAUUUUCUCAACUCUGGCAAACUCCUUUCUUUUUCCCUUUCGGGUUCGCCGCGCGGCUUUUAUCAUGAACGACGGUAAUUAGAGGAUUUUUAGUGCUAACAAGUGAACACCAGACAAAACUCCGCCGUAGUUCGAGCUAAAAGUGCUUGGAAGCAGCCUCCACCCAGGAUGUUGCUGGGAGUGCGGAGCGGCCACCGCGAGGCGGCUGUGUGCGGCUCCGCCGUCUUCUCACACAGGGAUGGACCAUCCGAGUUACCGCGCCUGUGUCUGCUGAAGGCUGGCAACACAGACUGACCCGGAGGCAGAAGUGAUGUGGAACAACUCCCACCUUAGCUAGGAGCUUCACUCGCACCUCCAUUUGGCCAUUAAAAAUAGCCAAACGCUGAGAGUCCAUAAGGAAUGUGGGGGAGCCAGGGAAAGGGGGUGUUGUACGCCUUUUCACUGCCGCUGGUCGUGGCUGUGGUGUGCUGCGCCCAGAGCGUCAACGAGCCGGGAAACAUGUCGGUUGUCAAAGAAACUGUGGACAAACUGUUGAAAGGAUAUGAUAUUCGUCUCCGGCCAGACUUUGGAGGUCCACCGGUUGCUGUUGGCAUGAGUAUUGAUGUGGCUAGCAUAGACAUGGUAUCAGAAGUUAAUAUGGACUACACACUGACCAUGUACUUCCAGCAGUACUGGAGGGAUAAGAGGCUGGCCUAUGUGGGGAUUCCCCUCAACCUGACACUGGACAACAGAGUAGCGGACCAGCUCUGGGUCCCAGACACAUACUUCCUCAACGAUAAGAAAUCCUUUGUGCACGGGGUUACGGUUAAGAACCGAAUGAUUCGACUCCACCCGGAUGGAACCGUCCUCUACGGACUCAGAAUCACGACGACGGCGGCCUGCAUGAUGGACCUGAGGCGAUACCCGCUGGACGAGCAGAACUGCACUCUGGAAAUUGAAAGUUACGGGUACACCACAGACGACAUAGAGUUCUACUGGAAAGGGGGAGACACGGCCGUUACCGGGGUGACCCGGAUCGAGCUUCCUCAGUUCUCCAUAGUCGACUACAAGCUCGUCUCCAGGAACGUGGUCUUCUCCACUGGUGCCUACCCUCGCUUGUCACUGAGCUUCAAGCUAAAGCGAAACAUCGGAUACUUCAUCCUGCAGACAUACAUGCCCUCCAUCCUCAUCACCAUCCUGUCCUGGGUGUCCUUCUGGAUCAAUUAUGAUGCCUCAGCUGCCAGAGUGGCUUUAGGGAUCACCACCGUGCUGACCAUGACGACCAUCAACACCCACUUGAGAGAAACCCUCCCCAAGAUCCCCUACGUGAAAGCCAUCGACAUGUACCUGAUGGGCUGCUUCGUGUUUGUUUUCCUGGCGUUGCUGGAGUACGCCUUCGUCAACUACAUCUUCUUCGGACGCGGUCCGCAGAUGCAGAAGAAACUGGCUCUGAAGGCGCUGAAGGCAAAUAAUGAGCGCGGCAGGUUUGACCAACCCAAGUCCAUUAAGGAGGGAGUCAACUGGAAGACCUCGUCGUCUCUUAAACAGUCCAAUCAGGUUCAGAGCCGCCGUCACUCGCGUCAGUGCAAGCUAGAAACAGCCAAUCAGAGCCAGAGGGUCGACUCCCACGGGAACAUUCUGCUGACGUCCUUGGAGAUCCACAACGAGGUGGGGAGCAACGAGGUCACCACCACCCUGAGCGAGACGCACAACUCCACCUCCAUGACGUUUGACAACUCGGGGGUCCAGUACAGGAAGCCCAGCGCGCCCAGCGAAGCGGGCCGCCACAGCCUGGACAGGAACGCGCAGUUCAAAAAAACCCGUCUGCGGAGACGAUCGUCGCAGCUUAAAAUCAAAAUCCCCGACCUCACCGACGUGAACGCCAUCGACAGGUGGUCGCGGAUUAUAUUCCCCUCCGCCUUCUCCCUAUUCAACAUCAUCUAUUGGCUUUAUUACGCCCAUUAACACACUGUGGUUUGGUUUUGGUUUUGU